AUGACCUCUACUGACGAAGCAUUGGCUGCCACAGGGUGGGACGCAUCAUUUUCCACCUAUUAUAGCUACGAGGAUGAUCCUGAACCAUGCAGCAAAGAUGAAGUGAGGCAUUUUGAGUCCUGGUUCCUUCCCACGUUUUUCUCACUCGUGUUCCUGCUUGGCUUGGGAGGGAACGCCCUCGUUGUCUUGGUCCUGUUCAAAUACAAGAGGCUCAGAAGCAUGACGGACAUCUACCUGCUCAACCUUGCCAUCUCUGACCUUCUUUUCGUCCUUGCUCUUCCCUUCUGGUCGUAUUACGUGGCCGACAAGUGGGUGUUUGGAGACGGCUUGUGUAAAUUUGUCUCUUGGGUGUACAAGAUUGGAUUUUUCAGCGGGAUCUUCUUCAUCAUGCUCAUGAGCAUCGACCGGUAUCUCGCCGUCGUUCACGUCGUGUUUGCCUUGAAAGCAAGAACCGUCAGCUACGGCAGCCUUGCCAGUGUUGUUGUGUGGCUAGUGGCUGUCACGGCGUCUGUCCCAGAGCUGAUAUUUAGCAAGUCGGUUAGCUACUAUAACUACACCAUGUGCAGGGCAGAAUAUUCUAGGAACGACACAACUUGGAACCUUUUCACCUCCUUGGAGAUCAACAUUUUAGGCCUUCUGAUGCCAUUCAUUGUCAUGUUAUUUUGCUACACAAGGAUAGUCAUGACCUUGCUCCACUGCAGAAAUGAAAAGAAGAAGAAGGCUGUAAAGAUGAUCUUUGCUGUUAUGAUUGUGUUUUUUGUGUUUUGGACCCCUUAUAGCAUUGUACAGUUCCUACAAUGUUUGGCUGAAGUGGGCAUUUUGGAAGGAUGCCUGACCAGCAAAAACUUGGACUACGCAGCUCAGGUGACUCAAACUCUAGCAUUUUUCCAUUGCUGUCUCAAUCCUGUUAUCUACUUCUUCAUGGGACAGAAGUUCAAGAAGUACAUCAGAUUGUUCUUUAAGAAGUGUGUCUUCUCGAAAAUAUUUUGCAAAUCUUGUGGACGCCCUGAUACAUUCACCUCCGAGUCAUCAGGCUCAAUCUACACUCAGUCCACAAGUGACGAAGAGCCCCUCUGA